AUGAAUAUCAAAUUAACUAAUAUCCCGCCCGUAGGGCGGGCCAACCCUAGUAUACAAAAUAACAAACAAUAGUUGAGUUUCCCGUCAAAAGUAUUAGAUAGUUUUAAAUUAAUUGAUUAUAUUAAUAAACUAACAUGUGGUUGCGCUUAAUUAAUUGGUAAUGGCGAGACAUAAUAAAUAUUAAUGGAUAACAUAACGAAAUCCUAAUAGAAUCGAUGUUGAGGCACAUACAUCACCAUCACAACGGAUCACCCAAUCUAUUGAGGUGGAGUAGUCAACAUUACCUCAAAUACAUGGAUGGGGGCAAUGAACACGAGAACGAGCAUGUGACCCUUCAUUCUAAAAUAGAGGUCUCCAAAAGGUUAUGCUGGUGUAGAAAAUUGGUUUUCAAACGUAUAUUUUUCAUUAGAUGAGUAGAUAUGUUCAAAAGGUUACGCUGUUGUAAAAAAUUGGUUUUCAAAAAUAAUCAGUCGAAAAUAUCAUGAAAAUGUUCGAAAUCAGUUAAUGUUGCGUUAUUAAGGGUCCUUGUGCUUUUUUAAGCCCCUAUAAUUAAUUACUGUAAUUUUAUCAUCAAAAUAUAUAAUCAAUAUAUAAAAAAUUAUCUAAAAUUGUUAAUUUGUUUGAUUUUGUAAAUAUAAAAAAUUCAGACUAUUAUGUCUUUUUAAAUAUUCUGCAAAUGUAAAAUUGAAAGUGCAAAACAAAAAAUUAGACCCUUGUUGUCAGAAAAAAAAAAUGUGGACCAUAUUACUAAAUGUUUUUGAUUUUUGGUGGGCUCUGGGCAAUUUCAAUGCUUUCCCUCCCACCUAAAUCGGCAGUGAUGGGCCUGAUGGCAUCUUAUGGAUGUGAAUUCUUUCACGUUUAAAAUUUAUUUUAAAGAUCUAGGCUUUUACUAUUUGUAUGCGAAUAUUUCAGCAAGUAACAAUGUUACUUUAAAAAUGUUAGAUGGGUGUGUGUGAAUAAUAUUACAAAUGUUAAUAUGUGGGAAAUCUAUAUAGUACGAUAACUUAAUUAUAUGGGGCAUGCAAUGAUACCAACUUUAGUGGCCGAGUAUGGAGGGUUAAAAAAUCUUAUGUGGUGGUUGCUAGAAGAGGUUAUAAAAGGGGUACUCUUUAUACGAAGGUGAGCAUCUCCCUCUCAUUUUACUGAAUAUACCAAUGGCUCCCGGAAUUUCGGGUGAAAUAGCCGGAGAAUCUAAGCUCUAUGACUAUGAGUUCAGUGACGAAAUACCAGUGAUAUCUCUCUCUGGAAUCGAUGAUGUUGGUAGGAAAAAGGAAGAGAUCUGCGGUCAGAUAGUGGAGGCUUGCGAGAAGUGGGGCAUGUUCCAGGCAGUUGAUCAUGGUGUUGAUACAAAUUUGAUGGUUAAUAUGACUCGCCUCGCUCGAGACUUCUUUGCCUUAACUACUGAAGAGAAGCUCCGGUUCCACAUGUCCGGUGGUGAGGGUGGCUUCAGCAUCUCUAGUCACCUCCAGGGAGAGGCUAUGAAGGACUGGAGAGAGGUAGUGGUGUAUCCCACGUACCCUGUAAGCAACAGAGACUAUUCACACUGGCCAGAUAAGCCGGAGGGAUGGUUGAAAGUGACGGCGGAGUAUAGCGAGAGGCUGAUGGGUUUGGCUUAUAAAGUCCUUGCGGUUUUGUCUGAAGCUAUGGGCAGUGCCAAAGAUGCACUGAAAAAUGCAUGCGUUGAUAUGGAGCAGAAAAUCUUUGUUACUUAUUUCCCAAAACGCUCUAAACCUGACCUAGCACUCGGAAUGCGUCACACUGACAACGGAAUCAUCACUUUGCUACUCCAAGACCAAUUCAGCUGUUUACAAGUUACAAGGGACAACGGCAAGACAUGGGUUAGAGUUCCGUUUGUUCCAGGAGCGCUUGUCAUCAAUCUUGGUGACAUUGGUCACUAUCUGAGCAACGGGAGGUUCAUGACUACCGACCAUCAGGGGGUGGUGGACUCAAACUCAAGCAAACUUUUCAUAAACACAUUCCUCUUUCCGGCUCCUCAUGCCACCGUGUAUCCACUAAAAGUAAGAGAUGGAGAGAAGGCAAAGAUCGAGGAACCAAUCAGUUAUGAAGCGAUAACUAUGAGAAAGCUGAAAGAUCUCUAGCUGGAUCGCCUCAAGAAGAGCAUGGCCUCUCAACAACCCUCUCCGAGUUUGUUGCUCAAUUACGUUUUAUUGAGGAAAUAA